AUGACGUCAGGCGGUGAGACAACCGGUGAGAGGCCAGAAAAUCUCGGGUUACGCAGGAUGUCAUUGGAAGCGAAUCCGACGAGCACACGCUCGACACGCCAUGGAAAUUGUUUCUUACUAUGCACGUAUAGUGCCAGAACACUCUCCACAGACGCCGAUCCUUACGCCCUUCUUGUAGCCUCAUGCCCGAACUCGCAAGACAACUCAAAAAGGCGACAAAAGAAGGUCUUAAAGGAGAAAAACAGCAAUUAUGGUCAAAGGUGCAGAGGCUGGAAAGGAAAGGUCGAUCUGGCUCGACACGAAGGCGAAGACGCAACGUCGAGGCGAACAACAAGCAUGGACCAUCGACUCGGAUCACCGGCUCUGAGGAAGACGAAGACGUCGAAACGUUAG